GCGCUCUCUCCUCUUACUCUCGCAUACCAUACCUCAACUGAUUAGAACAUAUGGAAUGGGGAAUGCGCAAUCGUUGACACGUACAAGCGGAGCCUUGGACUCCUUUGUUACAGAACUAGGAUCAGAUAUCGUCUAUGAGCGCAGUCUUGGUUCGGCACGUUUUCUGAAGACUGUACGCUGUCGUCACAAGAAUGGAUAUCUUGUUGUGAAAAUAUUCAUCAAGCCAGACCCUGGCUUAUCCCUCAGGAAGUAUCAUAGGCGAUUCAAGAUUGAAAGCGACGCGUUAGCGGAUAUUCCUAAUGUGUAUACUUACCAAGCGUUUCACGAGACAGAAAAGGCUGGAUACCUUGUGAGGCAAUGGGUUGCAAGCAGUCUCUAUGACCGUAUCAGCACCCGUCCGUUCCUGUCUCCGAUCGAGAAGAAAUGGCUGGCAUUUCAGCUGCUCACCGCACUUCGCGAUGCGCGUAAUCGCAAGGUCUCACAUGGGGACCUCAAGACCUCCAACAUUCUCAUAACAUCGUGGAACUGGUUAUAUCUCUCAGACUUCGCGCCACAUAAACCUGCUCUCCUUCCCUUAGACGAUCCAGCGGACUUCUCUUUCUUCUUCGAUACCGGUGGUCGCAGAAUUUGCUAUAUUGCCCCCGAAAGGUUCUAUGCUGCAGACUCUAACCCGGAAUCUGCAUUGAAACGCGAGAAGGAGAAGGAACGUGAAGGUGAAGGCAAGAGGGAGGUUAAGGUGACGGAAGCUAUGGACUGUUUCAGCGCAGGUUGCGUCUUAGCGGAAUUGUUCCUGGAGGGUGCUCCGUUGUUUACCCUCAGUCAACUGUUCAAGUAUAGGGAAGGUGAACUGAGCGUGGACCCUCAAUUGUCUGCUGUUGAUGACGAAGGCGUUAGGUCUCUUAUCAAGCAAAUGAUUUCUAUCGACCCCUCCCAAAGGCCAACAUUCGACUCCCUUCUCCAUUCAGCGCGAGGGACUGUUUUCCCAGAGUCCUUUUACUCAUUCCUGCACAACUAUGUCGCAUCCAUCAAUGAACUCUCCUCGGCCUCUCCUUUCAACUUCCCUUCUCAGUCUCACCUCCAAAGUGCUGCCGCAACUCCCAUAUCUCCACAGCCUACAGUCGCUAAGACUGCUGUCACUACCACAACGUCUGGUGGUGUAGUUGUAGGCGUGGGCGCAGGAGAUGUCUUCACCGAGCCACUCCCAAGUGACUCCGAUCAUCGAAUGGAGAGGAUCUGGUCUGACUAUGAGAGUCUCGAGCCUUAUAUCUUGCCGAAUCCCUCGGAUGAUGGAGAAUACCCAGAGAAGACUGUGAAGGACCCUGUCGCAGUAGACUACGCCAAUCCAUCUGCAGGAAUCUUGGGAAAGCCCCUACAGGACAUCUUCCCCGUUGAGUUAGAUAUUCCGAAUCGUGAGAGUAGCCUCCUGAAAGGCAUAGCAAGUGGCAAACGCGCAUCAUAUGAAGAUGGGCCUGCUUUGAUCCUUCUCGCACUCGUCACAGCCAACGUUCGCACCUGUUCACUUCCUUCAUCCAAACGGAAAGCCUUGGACGUCUUCCUAGCUCUCGCGCCUCACCUUACCGACGAAGCCAAGCUUGAUCGCAUGGUGCCGUAUGUGGUUGAAUUGCUCAGUGACGAUUCACCGUCGGUACGGAGUGCUGCCAUUCGAACUUUGAUGCAGAUUCUCAUGCUGGUCACCGUCAUCACCCCAUCCAACGCCUCUAUUUUCCCUGAAUACAUAAUUCCUGCACUGACUCCUUUAGUUCGCGAUCCUGAGGUAUCCGUACGUUGUAUGUAUGCACAAUGCGUCGUAGCACUGGCCGACACUGCUGUCAGGUAUCUGGAGAUGGGACAGGCUCUUCGAGCACAUGGUGCAUACAGUUUAGGUGGUGGCGUGGGUGAAGGGCAGGAGUAUGACGAAGCGCAUUUCGAGGUUUCGUAUGAUGCAUCACUGCUGGAGCUACAAACUGCCAUCCAAGAACAUCUUACGAAUCUAUUGGUCGACUCAUCACCUGUCGUCAAACGGGCAGUCUUGCACAACAUUUCCGCUCUUUGCAUCUUCUUGGGCCGACAGCGGACGAACGACGUUCUGCUCAGUCAUAUGAUCACUUACCUCAAUGACCGAGAGUGGUUAUUGAGAUAUGCAUUUUUCGACUGUAUAGUCGACGUUGCUGCUUGUGCUGGAGGUCGCAGUCUGGAGGAGUACAUUUUGCCCUUAAUGAUCCAAGCCCUUUCCGAUGUGGAAGAGACUAUUGUCGCCAAAGUGCUCGCAGCACUCACGAGUUUGUGCGAACUCGGGCUUUUCCAGAAGAUGAAGAUCUGGGAGCUCAUGAGUGCUACCCUCGGCUUUCUGUACCACCCAAAUGUUUGGAUAAGGCAAGGUGCUGCUGGAUUCCUUGCCGCUGCCGCUAAGCACUUGCCUCCGAGUGAUGUUUGGUGUAUCUUGUACCCUUCUCUGAAGUACUUCUUGCGAUCCGAGGUGAGAGAGGUCGACGAGCGAAGCCUAUUGAUGGCUAUGAAGCCUCCGCUGUCUCGCCAAGUCUUCGAUGCGGCGGUUCAGUGGGCGAUGAAAGCUGAGAAAGCACCGUUCUGGCGAUCCCAUCGAACCGCCAAAUCAGAAUCGCCGAGGGAAAGUUUAGCUGCAGUACGUGUAGCUGGAGUCGGUGCUCGAUCAAGGUCGGACGAAGAUGAGGCUCAAUUGGCGAAAUUGCAAACACUCGGAAUGACGUCCAGUGACGAGGCCAAACUCAUGGCCAUGCGUGAUUAUAUUCUGAAGCUCGCUAGAAGUGUUUCCAGUUUUGCAUCCAGGAUUAGUCUUGAACCAGAAUCGGAGAAUCUCAAGACCACGAAUGCGGUUGAACUCCAGAAACUAGGUGUUACCCCACAAACGAUCUUCCUGAAAACACCUUCAGACGAGAUCGCUACGCGCACCUCUCGCCUGUCCAUUCCUAGCAGACCACUAUCAGACAUCACUUCUCGAGCCUCAGCAUUAGGAACGCCUCGCUCAAAUCGUACUUUUAGUAUUGACCAUACGGCUGGAAUCGUUCCAGCACCCUUCGAGGAUCUACGUAGGAGGCUGGCUAUCAUCAAUAGUUCAGCAACUUCUUUGAACGUAUCUCCUGGCGCUCGUGAUGCACGCAGUCCGAUGUUGCCUAUGCUUGAACCCCAACCGUUACCUGCAACAUUGGACACCCCUGUGUCGGACGUACCUCUUGAGCGACCAAGUAGCCCUUCCGAAUCUGUCACGUCUUCAAGCUUCCGUGGUGCGACGCAGUUCCUUCAUGCUGGUGAUGGACAGAAGGCUGCACCUGCUGUCGGCUCGUCGAAGGCUAAUGCAACGGGGUUGCUCGAUGCUCAUUCGACGAUUCGCAUGGAUGCUUCACCCGAAAUGUCUGGCAGAUCAUCACCUGUCUCAGUCGCUGGCACAAUUCGUGGCACGGAACGGCCUUAUUUACCUAUAUCGAGCUAUGAUGGGCAUGAACCAGGCAUUAGCAACAUGCUUGAACAUCUCUACCUCGAUAAUAAUCGUGACCUUCAGAACGACUUCGGCCCACAGGUACAUGAAGGACCCAUUCGUCGACGCAAUGCCGGCCGUCAUAGCUAUAUCUCUCGUGAUGGCAGUCAUCGUCGACUUGAGGCUAACCUUAUAGCUCACUUGAGUUCUCAUUCUGACGCAAUUACAGGGCUAGCCAUAUCCCCCGACCAUAUGUUCUUCAUCUCGGCUUCGGAUGACAAGACAUUGAAAGUCUGGGAUACGGCGAGACUCGAGCGAAAUGUUACGAGUAAGCCGAGGCAUACCUAUGGACAGCACCAUGCCAAAGUCAAGGCUGUGUGUGUCGUUGAAGCCACGCACUGUUUCGUCAGUGCUGCUGAGGACGGGAGUAUACAUGUGGUUAGGGUGCAUGUUAGCGGUGGCGGCGCCGGAAGCGGGUUGCCGAAGUAUGGCAAACUCCAGGUUGUCAGGGAACAUCGGCUUGAGCGACCAGGCGAGUAUGUGACUUGCAUGACGCAUUACAUGACUGGUACAUGCAUCGUCCAACCUCGUCUAUGCCACCACACAUUGUGGUAUUACGAUUCUGGACCUACGUACCAUGAGUGUGUUGCAGACAAUGGAGAACCCGAGGCAUUUCGGACCAAUUACUUCCAUGUGUCUCGAUCGGAAACGCGCUUGGAUAGUGUGUGGCACGUCAACCGGUGUACUCUCACUAUGGGACCUCCGCUUCGGCAUCAUGAUCAAGAGUUGGAAAGCAGGUGUCGCACUUCAGGGACCAGGCCGGAUAUAUCAAACGCUACUUCACCCGACUAAAGGCAAGGGCCGAUGGAUUCUAGUUGCAAUCGGUACAGAAUCGAGAGAGGCAGAUGCCGAGUCUGAGGUGAUGACAGGAUCACAGACGCUUGUGGAGGUGUGGGACAUCGAGAGAACGAUGCUCAUGGAAACAUUUGCUACCCGGAGGACAUCAUCGACUUCGGAUCCCGUUGAAGAACCACGCGAAACUCCUGGAGAUGACCCUGAAAUGAGUCCUGCAGCAGCUAUCGCAGCUCUUGUCCAGGCACGACAAGAACAUGGUACCGGUAUCUUUGAUUACGCCGCGUCACGCCGUAGGUCCGGUGGCCAUGGUGCUAUUUCCUCGAGAGAAUAUUUACCAACAUCGAAUCCGCCGUCGCCCGAUGUUCGUGCGAUGAUUGUUGGAACAGACCUUGGUGGAUACAACCCAGCCCAUAGGUCGGCUAUGGCAGAACCGCUUGAGCAGACAUCCAAGAGUUCGUCAAGAGGCUAUAUGGUGACUGGCUCGGAAGACCAAAGGCUGCGGUAUUGGGACUUCGCUCGACCAGAGCGCUCAACGAUUCUCAGUGGACCGGGCCUUGAGAUGGAGAAGCCAGGAUACAGCCGAGCACAGUCAAGUACUGGAGCGACUGCCUAUGUUGAGACAUGGAACAACUCUCCAAAUUCCAGUCUCAGUAACCGGCCUCCGCAGAGGCUGUCUCUUAUCAAUCAUAACCAACAGAAUUUGCUCAAAGCUCACCAGGAUACAGUCACUGCUAUUGUUUCUAUCGAGUCGCCCUUCCGAGGAGGGAUUGUAAGUGGUGAUCGUUCAGGCGUUUUGAAGGUUUGGCGAGUGGAGGGUUUUGAGGGCUCAUAGGCUGGAUUUUGGAUUUUAUUUUAUAUACAGUAGACUAUGUAUAGUAUCGUAAUGCUUUCUUGUUUUCCGAGGUCAACUUCACAGCAAGCGUACCCGGCG